AUGGUAUCAUCCGGAGGCCCCGGCGGCAACAGCAAAAUAGCCCGCUUUUCGAGAAGCUCAAUUUUAGCAAAGGGAACGCACUUGGUAAAUGUGAAAGACGAUGGGAAAUUGGAGGAGUACAAGUGGUGGAACGGGUUCAUUAAGCCAAAGGAAACCUUUAAUGCAAAAAAAACAAAAGGGUUCCUGAUCGUGAAGUUAUUCCUCUAUGGAUAUUUAAACAGAAUAACAGCUCGCAGGUCUAAUAAAGACAAGGAUCUAAUGUACCCCUAUUUAAAAAUCCUCCUAAAUGAUGAAGAAGUAUACAGGACCAAAGUUUUACACAGUUCGUUAAACAUAUGGGAAGAAAAAAUCGACAUCGAAAUUCACUACAUCAAAAGUAAAAUAGAAAUUCAGCUGUACGAAAUGGAUGAAACGGAGGGCAUCGUGGAGGAUGAAUAUAUGGGAAGUGCCUUCAUCGAUGUUUUCUAUCUACAGCUGUCCAAGAAGUAUGAUAUAAUUCUUAAGUACAGUAACAAAGUGGGACACCUGAUGGAUCCUUAUCAUUAUAAGAAGAAGCUACAUGAUGAGGAAAGCAGGGGCAAUCCAAAGGGGGGCCAGACAGAGGAACCCACUCACAACAAUGGUUGUACAAACUCAACUAAUGAUAUCUUCCCACGAGGACGAGAAAGAUUCCCGAACGAUUACAAUGUUCGAAUCUUUGCUAAACUAGUUAACAAAAAGAACUGCAACAACUUGAUUCUGCAGUUGAAUUACAUUUCUUCCCUUAACUACUCCUAUGUUCACAGGAGCAAAGGAAUAUUAGACAAAGAAUUAAACAUAAAUCAGUUGUAUGAUGAGUUGAAAACCAUAAAAGGAAAUGUCGAAACGAUCUGGUUGCCCUUCUUUUCAAUUAUAUAUAACUUUGCCUCAUGGAGAACGCCAUUAUAUUCUGUUUUUUUUCUGACUUUUUUUUUUUUUUCCUUUUUGUAUUCCAAAUUCUUUCUCUCCUUUUUUUUACUAGCCCUAAGUAUAAUUUUUUUCAUUUUGGUUUCCAUUAUUAAGGAAAGUGACAAGAUGAAACGGAGUGGCGAAAUUGGCACUUGGGCGAAGGCUGGUUGGACUGUGAGUGCUCACUCGCUAACAGGACAGGAAGGGAAGAAAAGAAUGAAGAGGAAGAAGAAAAGUAAACGAUUUAACUACUGGAUGAAGGCCAAGAAAUUUGGUGGGUACUGCCAGCCGGGGGGAGGGGAAUUAAGCUUAAAUGAUAACACCUUAAAGGAGGAUGGAGAUUCGGGUAGUGAGUCUGAGAACGGCAAUAAUUAUAGUAGCUGUUCUUCAACCAACUUAAGUACGGACCAUUCGAGUGGUCUUUCGGACUCCUGCAGGAGCGACGCGGAAUCUAGUGUGCGUCUGGACGCCGGGGGGGAGUGCAACAGUGUGGGAGGAAGCACAGAGCGCGUUAAGGGGGGGAAAGAUGCGGAAAGUGCGAAAGACGGAACAAGUGAACACAGCAAGAACGCGAGCAACAGUCAUACCACGAGGAAAAACCAAGGUAAUGGGAACCCUCCCAUAGGCGGGAAGAAACAUAAAGAGGUCAACGGAUGCACGGACAACAACAGAACAAACAUGAGCGAAGACUCAGGCAAGAAGGGAAAAACGAAAAGACGAACCAACAGCAGCAUCUGCAUGGGGGAAGUAAACACGGACAACGAUGACACGAAUAGCGACCUGAAUCUAACGGACAAAGAAAGCAGCACCAGCGGAAACACAGAAAAUAACCUACAUGUUAUUAAAACAUUCGUUUCAAACAUAAUAGAUGAUGAAAUUAUUAACAAUGUAAAAUAUUUUCACUACAUAAUUUUCUGUUUCACGAGAUGGUCGCAUAUUUUAUUUUUUGUCUUGCGAAGGUUUGGCUACUUUCUCGUUGUUAUUACGUUACUUUUUUGUUUUUUAAAUAUUUAUUUCUACCCCCUUGUGGGGAGGUUCCUGCGUUUUUCUAUCUUCUCCAGUGGGAUUAUUUUUUUGACCUACAAUUUGAAGCCCACAAAUAUUUUGUACAGGUUUGUCCUAUGCAUUCAGGAGUACUACUUUUGGGGACCUAGUCGAAGGAACGUGGACAUAUUCUCUGCGCUUUGCAGAGGGUGA